CGGGCGACGAUGCUGGGGGGCCAUGCCCGCUGCCAGGGAGGACGAGCUGUGCCACAGGGCGCUGCGGCUGCUGGCCGACCUGUGCUCCAGCGGGGCGGUGGAGCAUCAGCACUGCCUCGACUUCAUCCACGCCCUCAGAGACCGCGCCCGGACCCGCGCCCACGAUGCAGAUAUCUCCGUGAGCCUGCUGUCGCUCAUGGUGACGGCCUGUGGACUGGCUCUCUUCGGGGUGUCUCUGUUCGUGUCCUGGAAGCUCUGCUGGCUCCCUUGGCGGGACCGGGGCCUCUUCUCAGGGCCCAAGGACGACAAUCAGGAGCCCCUGAACUACACGGACACAGAGACCAAUGACCAUGAGAACAGCGAGGACUAUCUGGGCCACCCCACCUCCUUCCCCGAGCCCUCCAUGAAGAUCAGCCACACGUCCCCCGAUAUCCAGCUGGACGCCCAGGAGGGGACCAAGGAGAACUGCAUCCACAGUGUCCGCGUGCAGCGUCAGAUAACCGAGCCCACCUCUUCCGCCCGGCACAAUUCGAUUCGCCGACAACUCAAUCUCUCGAAUCCGGACUUCAACAUCCAGCAACUCCAGAAGCAGGAGCAGCUGACAGGGAUCGGACGCAUCAAGCCUGAGCUGUACAAGCAGAGGUCUGUGGAUACAGAUGAAGGGCGGAGGACCAACAGCCGAGUCUGUGGGAGACUCAAUUUCAUCCUGAAAUACGACUGUGACUUGGAACAGCUGAUCGUGAAGAUCCACAAAGCCGUGAAUCUGCCCGCCAAGGACUUCUCGGGCACUUCGGACCCCUACGUCAAGAUCUAUUUACUCCCCGACAGGAAAACGAAACACCAGACCAAAGUCCACAGGAAGACGCUCAACCCGGUGUUCGAUGAAAUUUUUUUAUUUCCCGUCCCCUACAGUGGCCUCUCCACCCGGAAACUUCACUUCUCCGUCUAUGACUUUGACAGGUUCUCCCGUCAUGACUUGAUUGGCCAAGUGAUUGUGGAUAAUUUUUUAGACUUGGCUGACUUCCCCAGGGAGUGUCAUCUUUGGAAGGACAUCGAAUAUGUCACCAAUGAUAAAGUGGAUCUGGGAGAUCUGAUGUUUUCCCUCUGCUAUCUUCCAACUGCCGGCAGGCUGACAAUUACAAUCAUAAAGGCAAGAAAUCUAAAAGCAAUGGAUAUCACAGGAGCCUCAGAUCCCUAUGUGAAGGUGUCUUUAAUGUGCCAAGGCCGACGGCUCAAGAAGAGAAAAACGUCCACCAAAAGGAACACCCUCAAUCCUGUUUACAAUGAAGCCAUAGUCUUUGAUGUCCCCCCAGAAAACAUUGACCAAAUUAACCUGUCAAUCGCUGUUAUGGAUUAUGACCGUGUAGGUCACAACGAGGUCAUCGGCGUGUGUCAAGUAGGCAACGAUGCGGAGAGGUUGGGCCGGGACCAUUGGAGCGAGAUGCUGUCCUACCCUCGGAAGCCGAUCGCUCACUGGCACUCGCUGGUUGAGUAAUCGCUCACAGGAUCCCCAGUCCAGACCACGGGCCUGACACAAUUGUGGUAACCCUGUCUGAAAGGAAGAGGCCAGUCAAGGGCAAAGAUCGUUGGCAUGGGCUCUCACCUGCGGCUCACACCCUGAAGCCUCCCUCCACUCUCCCGCAGAUGGACAGCUGAAAGUCAUUUCGCCCCGGGCAGGCCAGGCUGAAGAAAGGGUCAUAUUCAGCUCUGGGACGGGACCGAAAAGUCAUAGGCUGAUGGGGACCUCGGUGUCCAUGGAAACAGCCCAUCCCAACCCGGUCUGGAAGCCAAACUGACCGGGCUUCGGCCCAGAGAGCUGGACCGCCCCGGGAACCCGCGUUCGAACCUCCACAGAACUGUAAACGGCUCUGCAAGGCUGGCAAAUAGGUGUCUCAGGUAUUUCCAGUCGGGAUUAAGCCUUACACCCCUGGAUCUGAGUUUUUGUUUGGUUUCCCCUGUAGCAAACACAGUACUCUCCCCUGCCGCCUGGCUUGGGGUCGGGACUUGAAGUACUGAGCCGGAAGCUGUGAGCUCUUGGGCCAACUCCCCUUCACGCAGCUACUGAUCCAGCUGAGUUCUAAUCAUUGUGAUGGUUGUUAAGCGCUCACUAUGUUCCAAGCACUAUCCUAAGU